GUGAGGCGAGAGGCUUCGGGAGAGCAGCCUGGGCUCGGUUUCGGAGGCCGAGGCCGGCGGACCAUGGCCUGCCCCGGAGAGGAAGUAACAAGCGAGGAGAGUGGGGAGGAGAGUGACAGCAUGAACUUAAUGGAGUUCUCGGAUGAGAUCCUCUUACACAUCCUGAGAUACACUCCGAUCUCAGAUCUGGUCCUGAAUGUCCGCAGUGUCUGCCGGAAACUCUCUGUCCUUGGUCUUGACAAAAGCCUCACCCACACCGUCAUCCUACAGAAGGACUAUCAGGUGGACAAAGACAACGUGAAGCAGCUCAUGAGAGAAAUCGGGAAAGAGAUUCACGAGCUGAACCUGACGGGCUGCUAUUGGCUGCCCGGCUCCACCGUCGACCAAGCGGUCCGCUGCAAGAACCUGGUGAAGCUGAACUUGUCCGGCUGCCACCUCACCUCCCUCCGCCUCUCGAAGAUGCUGUCCGCCUUGCAGCACCUCCGCUCGCUGGCCAUCGACGUGAACCCGGGUUUCGACGCCUCCCAGCUGAGCAGCGAGUGCAAAGCCACGCUGAGCCACGUGCUGGAGCUCAAGCAGACCCUUUACACGCCCUCCUACGGGGUGGUCCCCUGUUGCACCAGCCUUGAGAAGCUCCUCUUGUACUUUGAGAUCCUUGACCGGUCGCGGGAGGGGCUGAUUAUCUCCGGCCAGCUGAUGGUGGGGGAGAGCAACGUGCCCCACUACCAGAACCUCCGGGUCUUCUACGCUCGGCUAGCUCCCGGACCGGUCAACCAGGAGGUGGUGAGGCUCUACUUGGCGGUGCUGAGCGACCGGACGCCCGAGAAGCUCCACGCUUUCCUCAUCUCCGCCCCCGGCGGCUUUGCCCAGAGCUGUGCCGUGAAAAACCUCUUGGACUCCAUGGCCAGGAACGUGACGCUGGACGCCUUGCAGCUGCCCAAGUCCUGGAUGAACGGCUCCAGCCUCCUCCAGCACCUGAAGUUCAGCAACCCCGUCUACUUCAGCUUCAGCCGCUGCAGCUUAUCCGGCAACCAGCUGGUCCAGUGGGUCCUGAACGGCGGCAAGGACCUCCGCAGCUUGGUGGGCUUGAACCUGAGCGGCUGCGUCCACUGCCUGUCUCCGGACUCGGCGCUGCGCAAGGCGGAGGACGAUAUCGACAGCGGGGUGGUGGAGACCCUGGUGGCCUCCUGCUGCAACCUGCGGCACCUGAACCUCUCGGCCGCCCACCACCACAGCUCCGACACCCUGGGCAAACACUUGUGCCAGCUCCUGACUCGCCUGAACGGCCUCCUCUCUCUGGCCUUGCCCGUUUGCGCGGUGGUGGACGUUUCCGCCAUGACCGCCGACAAGCCCUCCGUGCAGCCGGUGACCAGCAUGGCCUCCCAAGGCUUCGGGAAAAAAGUCCGGAUCGGGGUGCAGACCUACCCCAGGAACUGCCUGGAGCAGGGCCGUUCCAAGCCCCAGUUCUCCUCCAUGUUCUGGACUCUCCUGGAAAGCCUCCCCUUCCUAGAGCGGCUGGAGCUGAUCGGGUCCAGCUUUUCCUCAGCCAUGCCCAGAAACGAGCCAGCCAUCCGGAACUCGCUGCCCCCCUGUGGCCGGGCCCAGCUCGUGGACGACGCGGAAGUGGCGGCCAUCGGCCAGCUGGCCUUCCUGCAGAGCCUUACGCUGGCUCAGUUGCCCAAUAUCCUCACGGGCUCCGGGCUGGUGAGCAUCGGGGCCCAGUGCCAACGCCUGCGGGCACUCUCGCUGGCCAACCUGGGCCUGAUGGGCAAGGCGACGUACAUGCCGGCCCUCCUGGACAUGCUGAAGCACUGCAGGUGUUUGCGAGACCUCAGGCUCGAACAGCCCUACUUCAACGCCAACGCUCAGUUCUUCCAGGCCUUGAGCCACUGUUCUUCCCUGCAGCGCCUUUGCAUCGUCUCUCGGAGCGGGACCCUGCAGCCGGGCGCCGUGAUGUUGUUCAUGACUUCUUGCCUCGAGGUCAUCAUGUGUCACAUGUUUACAGGGGAAUCACUCACAGUUUGCAAAACCCUCCAGCAGUCCCUGAUACGGAGCUUUCAGGCCGACCGGCCCGCACUGAACGUCGUGGUGUUCCCUCUCCUGCACGAGGACUUGACGGAGGUCAUCCGAGACGUUCCCAUGAUGCACUUGGACGAGAUCACCUUGUUCAAAAGCCGGGUGGCCGAGGAGCCGCCAAACUUGUGGUGGUGAUGGCAGCAGCAGAGACGUAGCUGGAGCAGGGAGCUUGGUGCAGGCAUGAGCAAGCGUGCUUCUUCUUGGCCAGGAGACCCCCACCCCACCCCUGUCCGCGAGCCACGCGGCCGCUUCGUUUGAGUGCUGUGCAAUUUUGGUGCUGCUGCAGGGCCAACUUGCCAGGACACUGGGCAGGCCCACAUCCCUUUUGGGCAAAAUUUGCCCUCGGAGGAAAAAAAAAUCCUGAUAUUUAUUUAUUUUAAUUUCUAGCCCAUCCCUGUCCCCGAGGAACUCAGGGUGGGUUGCAGUUGGAAAAUGUUGGAGCUUUCCAUUCUGGAUUAUUUCCUUGCUAUUUAAUGUAUAAAUUCUUGUUGAACUUUAAAUGUAGCUAAAGGUAAGAGCAAUUUAACUUGAAAGAAUGUACUUUCCUUUUCCCCCUUCCCCAUGGUCACCUUGUUCUUGGACCCAGUUGGGUUUUUUCUUUUGGUGCUUCAGGAAUUUUUCUUUGCUAGAGUGUCUUAAGGGCCUUCGUAAGUCUGUGCAAAGGGAAGAGAUGUCUAAACUUUCUUUAUAAGGGGGAUUCAAACAUGCUUGAGUUGCAGAGCCAAUGCCCUACCUGUCCACGUGUCUUGAUGGGGACGCUACACUGGCUGAAAAUCCAGUUUUCAGCCCUGUGGAUAUCUGUAUGCAGCUGCCUUUUCCUGGGACAUUUCUCUACUUGUGGGCUGGAGAAAACAGCCAGGAGAACCUUGCCAUGCCGGAGUGUCCUGGGAAGUUCCGACUUGGUAUUACUGCCCUAGUUAAAAUAGGCCUUAGGAUGAAUGCCCACACAAAACCGACGAUUAAACGAUUUCUCUGUCUUUCCAAAGUUUCUGCCUUUCCAGCUCGGCUUUUUGUUUGAAGCCUGGGUGCAACGCGUCGCGAAAGCUUCCUGCCCUCGCCCCGCUGAAAGGAAAGGGUGCCGCGUAAAAGAGCCCGCUUAUGCAUCACCCGUCCCUUUCAGUCAGACUUCCACGAGAAAACUUCUCGGCACGUCCCACAACCCAUCUCCAAGGGCCCUCCUGCCAUUUGGUAGCCACCUUGAGCUUUAAAAGAUGACUAUGUCUUGUCGUGGGGGGCUGGCGUUGUAAACCUCUGCGUUCAGAUUGCUAGUGUGGGCAGACCUCCCUCCUUUUUACAGCCCCAAAUCGUAAAUCCUUCCUAACUGGGCUUUUUGAAAGUGGCCACCGUUCUCCUCUUAAGAGGUCUGCAGCGAUUGAGAUUGUGUCUUGGACUGGGACCGUUUUAUUUAUAUCUUGCCAAAAUGCCGCCUUUGCGUUUGAACCGUUUGCCACGUGCAUAACCCGGGGAUGUUCUUUCCCCUCCACAGGACGCCUUGUUGCAUUAUCCAACACUUGCCACGCGGGCCUUUGCGAUCUUUUAAAAUACCCUUUUGCUUUCCUUGACCCUUGGGAAGAGCCGGGCUCCACUAGCGGGCUGACGACGGCAGCAGCGUCCUCAGCGUAGUGCUUGUCACUUCUCCUGGUUGUGGAGUUAGGCAUUCUAGAAAGGCCAGCCAGAGAGGGGGCAUCGUUUGCAAAGGGGGGCAGAGAGAAGCCGUCGUCGGCUCCCUUUCUCCUUUCAUUGACUUGCUUCUGCUACUUUGUGCUUAAAGUCAUGGGCCAGCUUGAGUUCCCUUGUAACAAUGUGUGUGUUCGAAUGUGACGCGGUUAUCUGUGUUCGUUGGAUUAACAGUGGA